UAGGCGGGUUGCAUAGAUUUCAACACCUUAUACACAGCCACACUCGCUGAUAUUACGCAUUCAGACCUGAUCCGCUGCCCGGGCUCCAGCGCAGCACACGGGCUAUGGAACGGGACACAUCUCCUCUCCUUCGCUCCCGCGAGCAGCAUGCGAGACGGGGACCGACAUGACAGCAAACAACCGAGGGACCAAAAGCGCUCCUUCCCCUGUGCGGCGGCGGCUCUGCGUGCUGCCGAGGCCGGGAGCGGGAGUCCGGCUGCUCCGGUACGCCGCGCUGGUGGCAGUGUGCGCGCUCUGCUACAGUAACUCUCUCUGGGGCGAGUUCGUUCAUGAUGAUAUAUGGGCGAUCACCAAUAAUCCAGAUGUCAAACCGGGCUCCAGCCUCCGGAGCAUCUUCACCAAUGACUUUUGGGGCAAACGGAUGGCUGAUAACACCAGCCACAAAUCCUACCGUCCGCUCUGCAUCCUCACUUUCAAGUUGAACAUUUUGCUGGGCGGCUUGACUCCAUUUUUCUUCCACCUGGUGAAUGUGUUCCUGCACUGCGUGGUGACAGCGCUGCUCAUGUACACCUGCCAGCAGUGUGUGUUCGAGGACAGCAACUUCUCCUUCCUCACCGCACUGCUGUUCUCUGUGCACCCCAUUCACACUGAAGCUGUGUCUGGGAUUGUCGGGAGAGCAGAUGUGUUAGCCAGCAUGCUGUUCCUCCUGGCCUUUCUCUCCUAUAUUAGGAGUGUGUCACCUAUCAGGAGUGCGGAUGAGUUUCCUCCUACAGUGUGUGUGUGGUCUCUGGCUCUAAGCCUGUUGUUGGGCACCUGUGCCAUGUUGGUGAAAGAAACCGGGGUGACGGUGUUUGGGGUGUGUGUCCUCUAUGAUUUCCUGGUGCUCUGCCGCAAACCGCUCAUCUUGCACCUGUCCCGCUCCAGGCUGAAGGAGCUCGGCAGAAUUUCCUCUCCGUUCGUCAAACGUGCUUGUGUCGUCUCGUUACAUGUUACAGUCAUCAUGUCUGUCCGCUUAUGGCUGAUGGGUGGAUCCAUGCCGCUGUUCUCCGAGCAAGACAAUCCUGCAUCCUUCUCUCCAUAUCUGCUCACCAGGUUCCUCACAUACUGCUAUCUGCUCGCUUUCAACGCCUGGCUCCUGCUGGCUCCCAUAAUGCUUUGCUACGACUGGCAGGUGGGCAGCAUUCCUUUAGUGGAGUCUCUGUGGGACGGACGCAAUAUUGCCUCGCUGACUUUGGCUCUUGUCAUGCUGGCAUUGAGCCUGAACUGUGUUACAUGCCUACAGAAGAUGAAAGGGAAGGAGGUGUUGGUGGGCCUGCUGUUCCUGGUCUUUCCCUUCAUCCCAGCCAGUAAUCUGUUCUUCCGCGUGGGAUUUGUGGUGGCGGAAAGAGUUCUCUACAUGCCCAGUAUGGGUUACUGUAUUCUGGUGGUCCACGGGCUGAACAGACUGUAUUCGGUGGUCAGUCGAUGGGGAGCAGCUGCUCUGACCGUGUCCAUGCUGGUCGUCCUCCUCCUGUUCUCCUGGAAAACCGUCCAACAGAAUGAGAUCUGGCUCUCCAGAGAAGCCCUGUUCAGGUCUGGCAUUCAGACUUUACCUCACAAUGCUAAAGUACAUUACAACUAUGCCAAUUUCCUGAAGGACAAAGGGCGAAACCAAGAAGCCAUUUACCACUAUAAAACAGCCCUCAGACUGUACCCUCGCCAUGCCAGUGCUCUGAAUAAUCUCGGCACAUUGACUCACCAGGCGGAGGAGGCUGAGGUUUAUUACAGGAGAGCGCUGGACAUUAACCCUCAACACAACAGAGCCCUCUUCAACCUGGGAAACCUCCUCAAAUCUCAGGGGAAAGAGGAAGAGGCGGAGCGCAUGCUGAAAGAAUCGAUUCGGUUCGGCCCUCAUUUCGCAGAUGCGUACUCCAGUCUCGCCUCUCUAUAUGCUGACCAGGGACACUCAAAAGAAGCGAAUGAGAUUUAUACCAAGGGUAUUGAGAACUGUCCUGAAAGUUCUGACCUACAUAACAACUAUGGCGUGUUCCUGGUGGACACAGGUCGUGGGGAUCGUGCGGCCUUUCAUUACCAGGAAGCUGUGCGUCUCAAGCCAGCUCAUUAUGUUGCCAUGGUGAACCUGGGUCGUCUUCUCCGCUCAUCCAAUGAUAAUAAAGAGGCAGAGCUGUGGUACAAAAGGGCCCUGCAAGUGGUCCGUAAAGUGGAUAUCCUGACUCCUCUGGGUGCUUUAUACUACAACACAGGUAGAUAUGAGGAGGCUCUGGAGGUUUACAGAGAGGCGUCCACACUGCAGCCUGACAGCACAGAUAUCUGGCUAGCCCUGGCGCAGGUUUUAGCCAUGGCAGGUCGCUCUACGGAGGCAGAGAAAAUGACCCUGGGCAUCAUUUCAAAGACCAGCAACUGCAUUGAAUGUUACCGCUUGUUGUCUGCCAUCUACAGCAAACAAGGCAACCACACUGAGGCUCUGGAUGCAUUGAAGACGGCACUGCAGCAGGAAUCUUCAGAGCCUGCGGUGAGGGCAGAGCUGCACUUCUCAAUGGGAAACCAGCUUCGAGAAAUGAACGAGCUGGAUCGAGCCUUCCAGAGCUACAAGCUUGCUGUGGAGCUCAAACCCGAGCAGUCGCAAGCCUGGAUGAAUAUGGGUGGCAUUCAGCAUAUCAAGGGAGACUAUGCAGCAGCACGAAUGUACUACCAAAGAGCUCUUCUCCUCUCCCCCGACUCCAAACUGCUGAAGGAGAAUCUGGCCAAGCUGGACAGACUGGAGAAAAAGCUGCAAGGGGCCUAGAAGAACAGCGUGACCCAAACCAUCAGCCAAAUGAUGGAGGACAAGAGAGGCAGAAGAGCCCAAAUAAGACUCAGGAGAUGAUUAAUGACUGCUUUUUCCCCUCCAUGCUUUACACAGGGGGCUCUAGGAUACAACUCCUCCAAAUAUGACUCUUUUUAAGCCACUACAUCCAGGGCUGGACAUGCAGAUACCACUGACCUCCCCUACAUGAAAAAGUACUAUAAUAACUUACAGAAAAAAAAUGAUAGUGUUUUAAACCAUACUUUAGUAAAGCACUUGAAUUAAUGCAUUAGUUCACGAUACUUGCUAAAUGAACACAGUCACUAUAGUAGUAUAAACAAAUGUGGUGGUUCUACAGUUGCUAUGGUAACACAAAAGCUGUAGUGAUAUAAGCAGAUUUGGUGAUACUAUAGUUGUUAUGGCAACACAACCACUGUAGUAAUAUAAACAAAUGUGGUAAUUCUAUAGUUGCUAUGGUAACACAACAGCUGUAGUAAUAUAAACAAUGUGGUGAUUCUACAGUUGCUAUGGUAACACCACAACUGAAAUGUACACAGAUGUGAUGAUUCUAUAGUUGCUAUGGUAACACAACACCUAAAAUGUAAACAGACGUGAUGAUUCUAUAGUUGCUAUGGUAACACAACACCUAAAAUGUAAACAGACGUGAUGAUUCUAUAGUUGCUAUGGUACCACAACUAUAGUAGGAAAACACUUUGAUUCAAUAGUUAAUAUGGAAACAACAACUAUAGUAAUAUAAACAAACAUGCUAAUUCUGUAGUUGCUAUGGUUACAUAACCACUAUAGUAAUAUAAACAAACAAUUAAUGGUUCUAUAGUUGCUAUGGUAACAUUAAAACUAGUCAUUUAAAAAGAAAUGGUGAUUCUAUUGUUGUUAUGGUAACACAACUACAGUAGCAUUAAAUGUGAUUUAAUAGUUACUAUGGAAACAAUAACUAUGGUAAAAUAAACAAACUGGGUGGUUCUAUAGUUGCCAUGGUAACACAACCACUAGUAAUAUAAACAAACAAUUGGUCAUUCUAGUUGCUAUGGUAACACCAAAACUAUAGUAAUUAAAAGGAUGUGGUGAUUCUAUAGUUGCUAUGGUAACAUGAAAACCAUAGUAAUACAAACAAAUGAGGUGAUUCUAUAGUUGCUAUGGUAACACAACAACUAUAGUAAUAUAAACAAAUGAGGUGAUUCUAUCGUAGCUAUGGUAACACGAAAACUAUAGUAAUAUAAACAAAUGUGGUGAUUCUAUAGUUGCUAUAGUAACACAACAACUAUAGUAAUUUAAACAAGCAGGCUGAUUCUAUAGUUGCUAUGGUAAAACGAAAACUAUAGUCAAAUGGCCCAAUACUGUAGUUUCCUUCAACUAUAGUGCAUUGUAUACUACAAUACACCACAGUUUACUGUAGUAAAAACUACAAUAUUUAUUACAGUUUAUCAGUUCACUAUAUUUAAUACUACAGUGUGUUGCUGGAGUAUUCGUUAAAGAGUUGUAGAUAUUCUAAUAUAUGCAGUAUAAUACACUUUACUAAAGUAUGGUUCGUAAACACUGUAGUAUUUACUAUAAAUACUAUAGUAUUUUCAUCAUGUGGCACAGCAGCAUAUUUCAGAAGUUCUCGCCAUUUUCCCUGUUUGUUCUUGAUUUAUUCCAGGAUGUUCGAUCUCUGAGAGGGAUUUUUUGGGAUGUGGGGUCGUUCCACUCGACCGCUGCGACUCUGUUCUGCUUCACUGAUUGCAAAGCCUCUGAAAGCGUUUUGGACAAAUGCUGCGAGUUGUUAUGAAAUAUGACUGGGCAUCUACUAUGUUCCAUGAACAUGGCAGAUUUUUACAUAAGAAGUGAUUUUAAAUGAAGGAAAAGCCACAGGGUUUUCCAUCGUGUGCUUUAAUUUGAUUGUUUAUCAAGCGUCAAUGUUGUGGAAUGUAUUUUGGACUAAAGGCGUAUUGACCUGUGCAGUGAAUUACAUAUCAUAUUUUUCCUCCUCGAUAAGCUAGAAUGCUGAAUUCAGUUUCAAUUUCAAUCAGGGCUUGAUGUUAAUAUUUUUAACCUAGUGGUUUUCCAAAGUUACAAGUGGCUAAUUUUGUUUUAUUAUUAUUAAACCUGACCAUUGCAUGCUAAAAUUUGCUUGUCAGGGCAUUUUUUUCUUACUUAAAUGACAUUUUCCCCUAACCUUUUAUAAUUCGUCAUUUUUUUAAAUACUUUUAUGAAAAUACAAUAAAAAUGAAAUGAAAAUGGCACUUAAAUAUGCAUUCACAGUCAGAUUAAUGAAGCUCAAAUAUAGCAUGAGUGCAUUAACUGCAAAAAUAAGCUUAUGAUCUACCAUUUCUUUUUAAUAUACACAUUUAAAAUGCAGUCAUACCUUUGAAUAUGAAAGUAAACCAAGUAGCUUUUUUUAAAGACUCAGCCAUUCAUCGCAAAAAAAAAAAAACAGCAUCUAAAAUGUGAGUCACUUAAUAAUAUUAAAACUCCUCCAAUCUGAAUAGUCAAAACUGAAAGGAUGAGGAUGGAUAUUUGUAAAAGAAGCAUCCCUGAUCAUCACACUAAUUAACAAGAGGAUGAUCGGACAAACUAAACAGUCAAAACUCAAAUGAUGAGGAUGGAUAUUUGUGAGAACAGCAUCUCUGAUCAUUAAAAUGAUUAAGCAGACAAUGAUCAGAUGUUAUAAAUGUAGCAUAUUUGUUUGUGUGUUUAGGGUUCAGGUUAGUCUUCAGUUGUUUUGAUGUUCAUGAAAAUCUAAAGUCUCUGUCACACACGAACAGGCAGCAAGAGCCUCGACUGAAAAUCUCAAUGAAUCUCUUUCAUGUUGAAGAUUACCUGUCGCACUGGGCUCUCACUUGCUCUUCAGAAAAAUCCACUUAUCCCGAACAAGCCUUACUGUCAAGUCCUGUUAAAUAAAAUCCAUCUUUCCAAUGUG